GGAAAAUAACGACAGUCGAUGUCGGGCCACUUAUCGGUACAGAACGUGCAGCAAUUGCGCUACUAGACAAUCAGUGGGAUGUACUCGUAACGUCCGGUUUAUUCGGAUAGAAGUGAUUUCCUUGGGCAAGGGCAAGAACCUCAGGGAGUGACGUGCGAGGACGGGGAAACAGGUUUUCCGAAGAUCCUUGGUGAUCCUGGUUGAGGAUUUAAGGAGAUUCCGGUAUGAAAAGGUCCAGAGCCAGUCAGGAUUUCAAUGAACGACUGACCAGAGUAAAGCCAUUCUCGCAGUAAUUGGCGUUACAGGCAUAAAAAGUUGAAGGUCACCAACAAGUAACUGAGGUUUACCUCGAUCCUCAUUACGAGAACCAUUAACGAUCAAUUCCGCGAUGAAUGAGGGAUCAAAAAUCGAAUCCUUGACAUUCAUCGCGUAAAUCAUCUCAAGUAAAUAAAAAAACAACAGCGCAAUAAGUUUCCCCUGGACACAAAACAUGUAUCAGCGGACAGUCCAGAUAAAUCUUCCAAAAGCCCAAACCAUCGACAUCGAGUUCAAGGAUGUCACUUGGGAGGUGCAAACCGGUUUCAGAAAGCCCAAGAAACAAGUGCUGAGAGGUGUCAGCGGUUGUUUCAAAUCGGGUGAAUUAACCGCUAUAAUGGGCCCAUCAGGGGCUGGAAAAUCAUCCCUGCUGAAUCUCCUGACAGGUUUUCAGGACGCAGGUUCAACAGGAACGAUAGACUACAUAAUAGGUACGAGCAAGCAGAAUUACAAAGCCUAUAAGAAGGCCUCUUGCUACAUUCAACAAGACGACCAGCUCCACGGUUUGUUCACAACCCUGGAAGCUAUGAAAAUGGCAGCUGACCUGAAACUAGGUACAAGCCUGAGCCAAGAAUCGAAGAAUUUUCUGAUAGACGACAUCCUGGAGACUCUGGACCUCACAAAAACCAAGGAGACACGUUGUGACAGGCUGUCAGGGGGCCAGAAGAAGCGCUUCUCAAUCGCCCUUGAACUCCUGGACAAUCCUCCAGUGAUGUUCCUCGACGAACCGACAACGGGUCUUGAUUCUUCCUCCACCCUCCAGUGCAUUGCGAUGCUCCAGCAUCUGGCAAAAGGUGGAAGAACAAUUGUCUGCACAAUUCACCAGCCAUCAGCCGGAAUCUACGAGAUGUUCGAUCACAUCUACCUCAUCGCCUCGGGCCUCUGCAUGUUCCAGGGCUCACCAGCCAACACUGUUCCCUUCUUCAGCAGUUUGGGACUGCAGUGCCCUCGUUAUCACAAUCCAGCUGACUACAUGAUCGAAGUUGUCAGUAAAGAAUACGGAGACUUCAGUGAUCAAUUGACAGCUGCUGCAUCGGGCCCGAAGUCCUGGAGAUCGGGAUUCAUCAGAAAGGCCUUUCUCGUCACAAGUUUUUCACGUAAAAAUAUCGAGCAAAAGGCAACAGUCAUUGUCACUCCUCCCACCGAAUUCCUGAGGUUCUUCGUUCUCUUCAGGAGGUGUGUAAUUCAGCUUUAUCGUGACUGGACUGUUACCCAUUUAAAAUUAAUCCUUCAUUUCUUGGUGGGAAUUCUUCUCGGACUAUUUUACGCCGAUGCUGGUGCCAAUGGCUCAAAGACUAUCAACAAUUGUGGAUUUUUACUGGUGACUGUUAUCUAUUUGUGCUACACCAGCAUGAUGCCGGCUGUUUUGAGAUUUCCAUCGGAGCUGCCGAUAAUCAAGAAAGAGAAAUUCAAUAAUUGGUAUCAGCUAAGAACGUACUACGUUGCACAUUUGAUAGCAAAUCUACCCGUGCAGAUGCUGUUUGCUGUUGUUUACUCGUCAGUCUCUUAUUUCAUGAGCUCACAGCCACAUGACUGGAGCAGGUUCUCCAUGUUCUUGAUGGGAGCGACGCUGACAACAACUAUCUCAGAGAGUUUUGGUCUUGUUCUUGGCACCACUGUCAAUCCCAUCAAUGGCACCUUCCUCGGGGCCAUCGCCUCCUGCAUGAUGCUGCUCUUCGCUGGAUUCUUCGUUUUCUUCAGGCACAUGCCUCUUUUCAUGUACUACGUGAGCUAUCUCAGUUAUUUGAGAUACGCCAUGGAGGCCCUCGUUCAAGCUAUCUACGGAUAUGACAGGGAAAAAUUGCCGUGUCCUGAGGACGAGCUCUACUGUCAUUAUCGCGCACCCAAGACUAUCCUCGAGGAACUUGGCAUGAAGGAUGUCAAUUUUUGGAUGAAUAUUGGCAUUCUCAUGGUGAAUUUUGUCGUCCUCAGAAUGGUCGGGUAUUUCACGCUCAGGAGGAAAAUUUCGGCUUCCUGAAUGGAUCUGAGUGUUCCCCGCUCACCGGGGGACGAUUAAAAUGGCAAUUGAUCGAGCAUCGGCUCAAGGACUGGUCUCUGAGUCACUCAGCAUCGUGCAGGAAGUCGUGGAGGAAAACGAAAACUCCUGGUUAUCAUUCUAGUGAUGGUUUUAGUCGGGAUCAGUGAUUAAAAAAAACAACCAACAGGUUUUUCGAGUUUUUGUGAAAGUGUAAUGAGAUCUGGAGCCUUCCAGAUCCAGAGAAUUGUAAUGGAUUGCUGGUGUCAAGUUGAUUACCUCGACAUGAAUUGUUAUUUAAAGAUUUAGUGAUUAUUUAAGAGGUGAUUGUAUUGAUGUAUAUAAUUUCUGUUUAAUAAAUUAAUAAAUUGAA